AUGAAGACCAACCAGAUUCUCAUCCGUGCACUGAACGAAAUACUCAGUGGUGUUCUAACCAUGAGCCCUGAUUGGCGUCGUUCUGAGGAGAUUGAUGCUAAUCAUGCUGAGGAAAUCAAAGCAUGCAAGCAGAGGGCCAAAACAUCUGAAGAAAAGGCCAAAGCAUGCGAGGAGCAGGUCGCCCGUCUGAGCGAAGAGCUAAGAAAAAGCCAAGAAGCGGUGGCCAAGGUUACUACAAGCAAAAACGAGUUCAAGGAAGCUUCGGAGAUCAACUUCAAAGAAGAGACCAAACUUCAGAAUGAGCUGGUGGCCAGUCGGCAGGAAGUCACCGAGCUGGAGGGGCGAGUAAAGCAGCUCGAGGAAACAAAUGCUCGGAACUUGGAGAAGUUCAAAGGGGAAACUUUCAACUGCUUCUAA